AUGCAGAUGUUUACUCUCUGGGCGUUACAAGCGGUGCUUGUCAAUGGACAGCAUGCAGAAAGAGCAACUAAAGAUGCCAGCGGAACGGCUACAAGCAAUAUUUCCACCAUCAAGUCGGCUUCCUCAAGCCUGAGGCCUGAGUACACAAUAUCGCACCCGACAACAGCCCCUCCGUGUUGCUGGUUUGCAGGCUAUGCCGAGGGAGACAUCGGUGUCAAGGGUAACUUUCAUUACAACACUAGCGUUGUGCAAACCGUGGCUACUGUGUACAGCACGAUAUUGGACUAUGGGGACCAGGAGGAAGUGGCCAACGUAAGCACAAGCUACAUGGCAGAGGAAGAGAUAUACACACGGUUCGGGUUAUGGAUCAGAGGUUUUGAUGGCCACCACUAUAGCCUGUCUAGUGUCGAGAGUGAACUCGGACGACUAGGCGUACCUCUCACACUGGUCUCCGGUAAUUCAUACGCUGGCACACAUGUGUAUCAAGCCGGCUCGACAACCGAGAUCGAUGCUCCAUAUCCUACCCCGUGGUUGGCGUGGAACCGCGUCCAGGUCUGGUACGACACCUCAAGCUCAUGUGGCUCGAUAACGUGGAAAGAUUAUUCGUCGGGAAAUCCAAUCACAACCCAUACGGCGCCUUUCACAUCCGGCUUUGUGUAUGUUUUUGGCCUGUACGGUAUUGGUAUCGGGGACGAUGUGCCAGGUGCCUACACAUCGCGAACGAUGACGCAGACUGGACAAACGUUCACAUCGAGCCACUUUUAUAUCCAGACACUGCCUCUCGAUGCUCCAUUACCAACCCCAGGCUUCUAUCCCUUGCCAUCCGAAGCUAUUGAACGCUACUUGAGUUUUCAGACUAGUGCCUACCCUUGGAUGACUGACUGCAUCCCGGUAGACACGCCGGGCGAGCCUACGGUGCACAUUGCUGUCAAUCAGCUUACAGAAACAUCACGUGUGACAGUCAUGAUGGCCAGAUCUACUACCGACUCAAGGACUCAGCCUCAGCCUCAGGCUACUGGGGAUGCUUCACAGCCGCCAAUGACACCAACUCUUAGUCCUUCGGCUGAUAAUGGCGAUGAGCCUCUGCCAGUGCAGAGCCCAACUGUUGCGGUUUUGGAGAGUGCGUCGAACUCUGUUCCUGAGGUGAUUUUCCCACAGAGCGAGGGACCGGAAUCUGUGCUGGAUGUGGCCACCAUGCAAGAUCAAACGACUCCUGAUCAACAGUCGUCAACUAUCUCUGAGGAAGCAAGUUCGGAUUUUGUGAGUCCUGCCACAGUACCGUUACCAGCAACGUCAAGCCCUGGGAAACCCACUUCCAGCCAAGGUGGUCAAGUUCCCGCCGACAAUGCCGGCGAUGAUAACCUUACAGGCCCGACGGUGGUGAGUCCUGGAGAUACAUCUACUUCCACAGCUGUCCAAGAUGACACACUGGCCAAUACAGCCAACUCUGAACCGUUGGCCACGAGUGUAUUCGACGAGACUUCGGAUCCUAUCGUCGCAGUCUCAAAGUCGAUCUCUGCUUCCUCAACUGUGGAAAUUGGCACAAAGGAGCGAACAGCCGCAUCUCAGACGUCUAGUCUUGUUGUGGCCGAUGAGAGCAGGCCUUCGGGAGGAGGCUGUGACAAUGAGAGCAUACCUCCGGCAGUGGCAAAAGACAAUGAGAGUGAAGGCGCUGCUGGCAGUAUCGGUAGUGCCGCCACGGCUACAACAUCUGGCGCCGUCGUAUCCGAUCGGACCCCACGUCCGGGCCAGGGCACUGAUGUCCGAGCCACUGGUGACGUUGGCAGCGCAAGAGGCGGUAGUGUCGCUUCAACUCCUGGCUAG